UCUGAUAAUCAUGGAGCCAUAUUUUCCUGGUUUUAAGCCCGUGCAGCAGGACUGUGAAGUCACUCUUGAACUCGCAAGUGAGGAGACUCAAAAAACUAGAAAUGCACAAAAUUCUAGGACGGGGUCUUAUGGUGUCAGUAUUAGAGUCCAAGGAAUUGAUGGACAUCCUUACAUAGUACUAAACAAUACAGAAGGAUGUUUGUCAGAAAAUCCCCCUCCUUCUGGAAAAGAACAGCAGGUCAUUUCUCAGACUGUAAGCAAGCCAGCCACAGACUCCAAUACUGCUUUUAAGUUGGAGGACAAAACCAGUGAACGCACAAAGUUUCCUGGAACACAGCACAUGCAACCCUGCAUGCCUAAAAGCCUAAAGAUAACCAAUCUGGAUGAAAAGGAAAACGAAAUAUCAGAUUUUAAAGAUGGAACAACUAAAUCCUCCAAUUUGUUGAACUUUCAAAGACAUCCUGAACUUUUACAGCCUUAUGAUCCUGAAAAAAAUAACUUGAACUUGGAUAAUUGCCAAUCUUCUGUGUGCAGUAAAUCUAAAUCUUUUGCAGAUGAAGAUAAAACUGAAACAAAGCCUUGGAUUUCCUCAUCUAAAGUAGCAUCCCUACAGAAAACAAACACAUAUCUUGCAGAGCCAACCAAAGCAAAUUCAAAAAAGAUACAUUUGAACAGAUCAGUAGAAGACCAAAAUAAGCAGCUGUUGGAUUGUCCCAGUAGCAUGAUCAGCCCCAAUGAAGUGUGUGUUUCAGAAUCAUUUUCAUCUGCAGGAGGAUCCCCGUGUGUUAGUCCCACUGCUUAUCCGGAGACAAGAAAACCUAGACCAGAUGUUCUUCCCUUCCGCAGACAAGAUUCAGCUGGGCCAGUAUUGGAUGACUCACGAAGAUCAUCGUCCUCAUCAGCUACUCCCACUUCUGCAAAUUCCUUAUACAGAUUUUUACUUGAUGACCAAGAGUAUGCCAUCUAUGCAGACAAUGUUAAUCGGCAUGAAAACAGAAGGUAUAUCCCAUUUUUGCCUGGAACUGGCCGUGAUAUUGACACUGGUUCACUUCCAGGAGUAGAUCAGCUAAUUGAAAAGUUUGAUAAGAAAGUUGAUCCUCACAGAAGAGGUAGGUCAGGAAAAAGGAAUAGAAUUCAUCCAGAUGAUCGUAAAAGAUCAAGAAGCGUUGAUAGUGCCUUGUCAUUAGGGCUUGAUGUAAAUUCAGAUUAUUUAGGUGAAUUCAGUAAAAGCUUGGGUAAGUCAGCUGAGCACUUGCUGAGACCAUCUAAAGUUUGUCUUCACAAGCAGUUAUCCAGAGAUCAAAAGUCACCUUCCAAAGUGAUGAAGAUUUCCGCUCGAAGUAUUGGAAAAUUGCAAAUGCCUGAUAAAGACACUCAGAACAGCAAUUUCAAUUCUUUGCAAUACCAUAAACAAAAUGGAGCUGAUACUGAGAGCUUGAUGUUUAGGUCGUCUACACUCCCAGGACAGAAUAAGAGAGAGGAAGUUAGAACAGUAACUUCUACUUUGUUGUUGCCAAACCGAAUCACAAUUCCGCCUGAUUCAGGAGCCAAGAAGAUUUCUGUAAAAACAUUUUCAUCCAUCCCUAAUAUACAGGCAACUCCUGAUCUCUUGAAAGGGCAGCAAGAUCUUGCGCAGCAAACGAAUGAAGAGACUGCUAAACAGAUACUUUACAAUUACCUUAAGGAAGGAAGUGCUGAUAAUGACGAUGCAACAAAGAGGAAAGUCAACUUAGUUUUUGAGAAAAUUCAGACUUUAAAGUCAAGAGCUGCUGGAAAGACACAGGUUUCGGAUUCUUCAGCUGAAGUAAAAGCAUUGGUGGAACAAAAAGCAGAACUUGAAAGGAAAGUGGAAGAAUUAGAGAAAAAACUGGAUCUAGAAAUUAGGAAUCGGCAAAAUUCCAAAGAAGAGAGAGAUGCUACACGAGCAAGCCUGAAAGAUCUUCAGCUGCAACUUGAUGAAAGUAUAUGUGAAAAAGAAGCCUUAAGAAAGCAGCUGGAAGAAAGCGAGAAGGAACUCAGACAAAACCUAGAGGAGCUUUUUCAAGUGAAGAUGGAGCAGGAGCAACACCAGACUGAGAUCAGAGAUCUUCAAGACCAGCUCUCUGAGAUGCAUGAUGAACUGGAUAACGCAAAACAUACUGAUGAAGGGGAGAAAGAUUUUCUGAUUGAGGAGCUGAUGCAAAUGAAGCAGGAUCUGCAAGAAGUAUUAAUAGCAAAAGAUCAACAAGAAGAGAUUUUGAGAAAGAGAGAGCGAGAGCUUACAGCUUUAAAAGGAGCACUAAAAGAAGAAGUAUCUAGCCAUGACAUGGAGAUGGAUAAACUUAAAGAGCAACAUGAUAAAGAAUUGCUCAAUCUACAACAGAGCCUGGAGAAAGCAACAGAGAGUGCUGCUGUCCUUGCCAGUGAAAGAAACGCCGCACAAGAGGUGCGAAAUAGUAUAGAAAAUCAAGUCAAAGAGCUGACUGAGGAAAAUGAACAGUUGAAGAGAACAGUUGAUGAGUUAGAGAGUAAAAUUCAAGAGUUGCACAAACAAAUUGAUAAUAUGAAAGGAGAAGAAAAUUCAGUGAAGGAAAAAAUAAAGAGAUAUGAGGAAGAGAAGCAACAAUUAGAAGAAGCUUUGAAACAUGCUGAAAAGGAGGCAAAAGAAUUGGUAGUGUUAAAAAGGUCUUUGGAAAGCCAAUUAGAAGAUAUGCAGGAGAGCAUCCACUGUAUUUCACAGGAACAGCAACAGUUAACCCAGCAGUUAAAGGAUGAAACUCACCAGAAGGAACAGUUAAAGCAGAUAAAGAAUGAAAUGGAGAAUGAACGAUGGCAACUGAACAAGACUGUUGAAAAGUUACAGGAGGAGAUGUCUGAAAUGGUAGAGAUCUCAAGAACAUCAACUCUGGAGCUUCAGAACCAGCUUGAUGAAUACAAGGAGAAAAAUCGCAGGGAACUUGCAGAUGUGCAGAGACAAUUAAAAGAGAAAAACCUUGAGGUAGAAAAAUCACGCCUGACAGCCAUGAGAAUGCAAGAUGAGAUGCGUUUCAUGGAAGAAAACUUGAGGGACCACCAAAGAGCUCAGGAUGAGGCAAUAACAAAAACUCAGCUGCUAGAACAGACUGUGAAAGGCUUGGAGUAUGAACUGGAAGCCAAAAAUCACUUAAAAGACGAUCGGGCAAGACAAAUCAAACUAAUGGAGGACAAGUUAUCUCACCUGGAACUUGAGCUUGAUGAAGAAAAGACUAAUUCGGAUUUGUUGUCUGAGAGGAUCAGUAGAUGCAGAGAACAGAUUGAACAAAUGAGAACAGAGCUACUUCAGGAAAGAGCGAUAAAGCAAGAUUUGGAAUGUGACAAAAUUUCAUUGGAAAGACAGAACAAAGACUUGAAGAGCCGAAUCGUUCACCUGGAGGGUUCUUACCGAUCCAGUAAAGAGGGACUUGUUGCUCAAAUGGAAGCAAGGAUCACAGAGCUAGAAGAGCGACUUGAAAAUGAAGAGAGGGAUAGAGCUAAUUUCCAACUAAGUAACCGCAGACUUGAGAGAAAAGUGAAGGAGUUAAUGUUGCAAGUAGAUGAUGAACAUCUCUCAUUGACUGAUCAAAAGGACCAGUUGAGUUUGCGUUUGAAAGCAAUGAAACGUCAAGUUGAAGAAGCUGAAGAAGAAAUAGACAGACUGGAAAGUGCUAAAAAGAAACUCCAGAGAGAACUGGAAGAGCAACUAGAUAUGAAUGAACAAUUGCAAGGACAGCUUAACGCUGCAAAGAAGGAAUUAAGUAGACUGAAGAAGUCGCCAAGUAAAGUGUUGGCUGAUUCUGAUGAUGAUGACGAUGAUGAUUUCAGCACGGAUGGUGAUAGUCUCUGUGAAGUGCCUUCAGGAAAUAACUUUUCAAAAGAUGAUGACACAAAAAUCUAAAUAAGUAUUGAAUCUGUGAUUCCUUAAAAGUACUGGAAGAAUAACAUAAAUUAUCAAGAAACUGGGUAUUCUAGAAGCCAAAUGACAUAAAGGGAUUUAAGAGUUGGGAAUAUAACGUUUCCAUCCAUACUGUGCCAUUUUCUUAUUUAGAUCUCCACUGUUUAUUAUAGAAAACAGGAUUGCAUUAUAAAACAGAUAUAAAACACUGAGAGAGAGAGAGAUAUAACUGCUACUGAAAACAUGGGGAUAAUGUUUCACAUCGGAAAUGUGAUUUUGCUAAAAUUCUGUUUAAGUAAAAAGCCAUGUGAAAGUAAUUAAAAAUUAGUUUGUAGUUAUUAAAAGCUUUUCCCUAAAAUUAAGGAAACCACGGAAGAUUAUUUAAUAAUUGUAAGUAGGGAGAAAUGAUGUAUAAAAUGUAAAUAUUUUAAACCUGAUCUUUUUAUUGACUACUUUAGUACUAUUUUAUGAAGUUUCAAAUAUUGUAUAAAUCAGUUUCAUAUGUAAAGUACUUAAAUUUAUACUGAAUGCUAUAUUUGGGUUUUAACUAAGAAGAAAACAAAUGAAAAUGAAUACAUUUUGUGCAUUACAGAGCAGAUUCACAGUUCCUGAGCCAGGAAGUACAUUCCCAUUUUAAAACCAGAGCAAGUUUUAUUGUAUGUAUUCUGUAUAUUAGAGAUCAAAUGUUAAUCCUGCCUGUUGACUUUAAAAGGACCAUCACAUCUGCAUGAUGAGUGAGGCUUGCCUGUAGCUUUCUUGUAAACUUCAUUUGGGAAGCUUUCUGUUCUUAGUAGGGAAGGGUGAGAAUGAGGUCAGUUAUUAUUUGGCAUCUUUCAUUUCCUGAAAUGGGCUCCAUACUGCCAGAGGCAGAACAUUAUAGGCCUGCUGAUCUGCGGGCAUCAGGACAGGCUUAUCUUAUAGUCUCUAAGGAGUCCCACUCAUUCCAGUAAAAUUACUUGUGGUCUUUGAAUUAAGUACAUGCUUAAAUCUGUUUGUUAAUUGAUCCCAAAAUUUUAUGCACCUGGCAAGAAAUUGCACGAAGGAAACACAAAGCAUGUAAUCUGAUUUUUCUUUCUAAGCUGUUCUUGAGCAUCUAUUUGUGAUAUAUUGCAGUCUAUGAACAUAUAUGCAGAUAUAUGUUAGUGUUUCAGUUUACAGAUAACCCAAAAUGCAGAUACUUCUAUCUGUUCAAAAAACUUUGUGGGAAACUUAAAAAAAA